UGUGGAAAGCGUACUGCGUUCAUUUGACCGACCUCCUCCGUUCCUUAAAGGGAUAGCCAUCAUUUACUCAUCCUCUUGCCGUUCCAAACCUGAAUGACUUUCUUUCUUCUGUUCUGUGGAACACAAAAUGGAUAUUUUGAAUAAUGUACUAGUCACUGUUUUUACGGAUAAGAUGGAUAAGAACUGAUCAAAGGAAACUAAAGGCCUACUUUGCAGUGCUGAUAAGCUCUCUUUAAGCACAAGAACUAUGUUCAUUUUUGCUGUUUAGAAAGGAGAACAUCUGUUUUAGUUAGUUAAUGUUUUCGGACCACAGAGGAUGUGGUAACGGUUUCAGACACUGUUAUUUAACCACCACAGAAUGUGGCAGGAAACGAUAGCGCUUCGCUGAUGGGAACAAAGAAAUUUUGAGUCAUGAGAGAUCCGAAGUCCAUACACAAGAUCUUCUGGAUCAUGGAAUUUCUGCCUUUCGCUUAAAAUAUAUUUAUGUGUUCUGUUAUAAGGGAGAAAACAAACUUUGCAGGGUCUUCAUGCUCAGUUAUGUGGUACCUGUCCAUAGUAUUUACCUUCACAGUAUAUGGAACCCAUGGUUGUGUGAUAACCAGUCCAGACCAGAAGGCUAAUGCUGGGACAGAUGUCCAUUUGUCGUGUAAUUUCUGGCAAUGUCCUGGACCUCUGGACAUCAUGUCUCUUAGUGUGGAGUGGGAAUUCAAGGGUAUCUCCUCUGAGCCAAAAAUAAUCCUCUACUACAUCAGAAAUCGAACUGUACCACUUCUUGGUGUGUUUUUUCAGGGAGAUGUCGAAUUAGGGAGUUUUGAUAUACAUCUCCCGUCUGUGACCCAUGAGAACAGUGGAACUUAUUUAUGUAGAUUACGUCUCAAUGGCAUUUUUCACAAGAACCAAACACACCUUAUUGUGCAAUCAGCACUGACCAGGAGAAACAAUCCAGGUGUAAAUCAUCUGCAGAAACGUCCUCCCUGGUUGCUGCCCCUGGCCUCAGUGGCAUCAGUGGCUGGGUUUGUGUUACUAAUUGGUACAGUUUUUUGGGGGAGGAAAGCUUACACGUCAACCCAGAGAGAAAACAACUCAAAGCAAAAUAUGGAAGAGGCUAAAACCAGCACUGAUGCUGAAGACAAGGGAAUUAUAUAUAAGGUGGGAUUCAGCAUGCCUGACCUCGCAGACGUGAACAGUCCUCCUAGCAGUCCAGAUAACAUCUAUGUUACCAUGCAUGGUUUGCCAUUCGCACCAGAUGUUCCUGCCACAGCUGGACGCAACAGACGUCUUCCCUCUGAUUGGCAGCUGAAGGAUGAGGAACCCGUAUUUGUCCGCUGAUACCAAGAUUUAUUAGUCAGAUCAUGCCACUUGAAAGAUGAGACACAGAAUAAGUGAUUAUUUAAAUUAGUGAGAGUAAGUAUUGUCAGAUAUGCAUUAUAUAGUCCCCAAACAGACUGUUUUGUGUAUUAUUUUUCAAUACUCACCAGCUGUACAUCACUGUACAUUAUCCCUCAUAAUAAAUCUGUUAUUUCCUCA